GUUUACCCCACAGCCUCUCACUGACCACUUCACUGUCCUUCAGUCCAGAGAAAGAGGAAACAUGGCUAACACCAUCCUGCAGACUGCGGGGUUUGUAUUAGGACUCAUCGGAGUGGCCGCGGUCAUCGCCGCCACCGUGAUGAACAACUGGAGCACUAAAGACCGCCAGGGCGACGUGGUGACCUCCGUCUACACCUACAAGGGGCUGUGGCAGGACUGUGAAGUGUCCACCUCCGGCUUCACAGAGUGCCGGCCGAUGUACGGAAUUCUGGGAUACUCAGCUCAGUUCCAGGCUGUGAGAGCGAUGAUGGUGGUCGGUGUUGUGCUGGGUGUGAUCGGCACUGGUAUCUCCGUGUUCUCUCUGAAAUGCUUUAAAAUGGGCAACACUGAAACCUCCACCAAGGCCAAAAUGACCCUGACAGCGGGCAUCAUGUUUCUCAUCGCAGGCCUCUGCGCCAUUAUUGGAGCGUCUAUUUAUGCCAACCAGAUAGUGGCCAGCUUCGCUUCGACCACUUACGCCAACACCUACAAUGCUUAUAAUGAGGGGAUGGGCGAGAUGGCGAUGGGGGGAAUGGGAAUGGCUACCACGUACACAUUCGGACCUGCCCUUUUCGUGGCCUGGAUAGGAGGAGGCUUGCUUCUGAUUGGAGGAGCUUUAAAGUCUGUGGCCUUCAAAGGGAUGCAUGCUGACAGUACACCCAACUACAACGCAAUCGCUUACAAAGUCCCGGCCCAGUCCGCUGACGGGGGCAGCGAGAGAGGAAAGAGGGAGCAGAAGUAUGUAUGAAGAACAGAGUGUCCUCCUCUGUGGAGUCCCCGCUCCGUAACGCUGUGCUGCGUGUUUGCUUUGUGAUAUACGCCAGAGAAUCACCUUCAUUUACCACUGACGUUUUUAAUGCAGCCCCUCAUCACUGUGUCUGAUGUUAAA